CUGGCGCCCUGUCAGGCCGCUCUCUCUCAGUGGCAGGGCGGCUAGUUCAAGUUGCCAUAGCGGCGGGGAAGGUAGAGGAGCUGGCUUGGUGCCGGACAGUUGGAGCUGGAGGCGUUCGGGUGUCAUGCCUCGAUUCUGAGAACUUUCCUUAGGUGAAAAGAGGCGAGUUGAUUUCAGGAUUGAAGAGCUGGAACCCGAUAUCAAUGGCAGAUUCAUCCAGUGAUUCUGACAACUUUCGUCGUAGAAUUGGAAGACGAGGUCCUGUAAGGGCAACCAGAGUCCGAAAUCAUGGUGGUGAAGAUGUUACAGAGAAGAUCCAUACUUUAGCAAACACGUUACAGGAUACCAAUCGGAACCUGAGACAUGUGGACCAGAUGCUGGGCCAGUAUCGAGAAUAUAAUAAUGAACAGGCAGAAGCAAUUGCAAAUCUCAAAGAAACAUUGGAACACUCCAUAGGCCAAUUAAGGAGCCAACGAUUACUGAGAAAUUCUGGAGUAAGAAGUGCAUCUCUUUCAAGUUUAUAUGCAAGUGACCUGGAUGGUGGAGCCUCAGAAGGUUGUCAUUUCCAGCCUACCUCUCCCCUCAGGGAUUAUGGUACGGGACGGCGACGGUCUCGGUCUGCUGUCCGAUUUGUUGACCAGCGAGAUAAUCUGGAUCAGCUUCACUCUUUACACCAGUCACUCAGAGAUCUUGGGAGUGAACAAGUUCGUUUGCAAGAUGACCUCAGCAGAGAGCUUUCAAGGAGAAAUCGAACUGAAGUAGAAACGAAAAGGAUGUUGGUAGACUUAUCUGACAAACUCAACGAGUCCCAAAGACAGGAAACAGUCUCAGAACGGGUGGAGAGGAGACUUCAGGAGAUAGAACGAGAAAUCCGCUCAGAAAGGCAGCUGGUUGAAAGGCGCCAGGAUCAGCUGGGACACAUGUCUCUGCAUCUGCAGGAGGCUUUAAAACAACAAGAUGCUAAAGCUAAUGAAGUGGAAAUUAGCUUGAAAAAUAAAGUACUGAAAAUAGAAGGUGAAAAAAACAAACUUGAACAGGAUUUGGAGCUGUCCCAGAGGAAACUGGAUCAGUCAGAAAACAGUCGAGAGGCUCUUUUCCACCAGAUUGAGGAUCUCCGUUCCCAACUCCUUAGAGCAGAAGAGGAACGACUGAAUCUGCAGCAUCAAAUAUCUCAGGUUGCCAUACAUCACCAGAGCCGUGCAGAUGAGCAAGAAGAUGACAAGAGGAAGCGAAGAGUGCCUGAAAGAUCUGAUCUGGAGAAACAAGAGAUGGAGAAACAGAUCUGGGGUUUGAGAGCACAGCUAAAUCAUAGUGCUGUUAUGUCAGAGAUAGAGGAGUUAAAGAGAUGCAUAGAGCGCAAGGACAAAGAGAGAGCACAGCUUGGAAUACAAAUAGAGGUUUUAACCUCUGACUUGGAAAAGAGAGAGACCCAGCAGCAAAGGAUGCUGAGCCAGCUGAAGGAGAUACAGAGCAACUACAAGAUCUGUGAAAAUGAAUGCAGAGCUGCAGAACUCCAGGUUAAUGAGCUGGCUCAGCAACUGGAAGAGUCGACUAAAGAGGCAGAGAGGUACCUAGCUGAAUUCAGGCAAUCUGAAGUACUCAGGCUAGAGAAUGAGAAGAAGAAGGAGGAGUUAAAACUGAAAGCUCAGGAAUCUAUUAGACAUUGGAAGCUAAAAUGUAAGAAACUGGAACUUGAAACAGAAAAACAGACUGAACUUCACAACCAGUUGAUGGAGAAGAACAAUCUGGUCCUUAAAGAAAGAGAUGAUUUAAAGAGUCAACUUCUUUCAGCUAUGCACCAGAUGGAAAACCUUAAGAAGGAACUAACUGAUGUUCUUGAGAAGAGGGCCAAACAAGAAGAGGAGCUUCACUGUAAAGAAGUGAAGCUCAAUGAAAAUAGAUCAAUUCAGAUGGCUCUUGAACAAGAUAUCAGGGAUGUCACAGAAACUGUGGAUAAACUGGAGAGUGAGCUUCAAAAGCAGAGCUUAACAUUGAACCAGAUGAGAACUGAUAAACAGCAUUUAGAGGAAGAGCUUGAAGCUGUUAAGAUGAUCCAUGAAAAGGACCAGGCAAGAUUGUUAGAGAUGCAAACAGUUGUAAAAAACCUGAGUGCAAUUCGGGUUAAACUGACCAGCCAAAUAGCAGAAGAAGAGAAAUCCAAGAAGGAGAUGUGCAAGACCCUGAUGGAUCUACAGAAACAACAGGAGUCUAGUCAGGAGGAGAUGGCUACAGCCAGUAAACAGCUGAAGUUGGAGCGAGAUGUCCACCAACAGGAACUAGCAGAACUCCAGUCAGAGUUACAGCAGGGGAAAACCAAACAUGACCAACGUGUCCAAGAGAUGAUAAAACUAUUCAGCCAAGAAAAGGAGGAAGCAUCUGGUCACAUUUCAAAGUUGAAGGCAGAACUUCUAGAAGAAAGAAAUCUGGUAAAAGCUCAUCGUCGACAGGUAGAAAAGAUGAAAGUUGAAUGUGAUAAGCUGAUGGAGGAGCUAAUCCAGAAAGAAGAAGAAAAUGCAAAAUUUAGGCGAAAAUAUCAGCUGAUGAAACAGGAACUGGAUGAAACGCAUAAAAGGAUAAAUAGUGAAGAUGAUCACCUAAGAAGGAGAGAAGAAGACAGAUUACAGCUUCAUGAUCAACUGAGAAGUCUUCAAAAUGAACAGGAAUCCAUCCUCUGUAUGAUAGGAAGUGAAAUUGAUGCAGCUUGUGAAGUCCUCUCAAGGGAUUCAGUGGAGAAAUUCACAGCAAUAUCACUUACGCCUGGGAUACAGAAUGAUCCUCAUCGCUGGUUAGCAGAAACAAAGACAAAACUUCAGUGGCUGUGUGAAGAAGUGAAGGAGAGAGAGACCAAGGAAAAGAAGCUCCGACGUCAGCUGCUGCAGAGCCGAGAGCAAUUGAAGCACCUGACCUUGAGCAAAGAGAAUGAGCACCAACAUCUCAUAGGUCAAUUAGAGAAGCAGGAGCAACUUCUGGAUGAAGUUUACCAAGAGAAGAAAGAUCUACUGGAGAAGACUCUCAGGAAGGAGGAAGACAUAGGUGCUCUGCAGGAGCGAAUAACGGCACUGGAAACAAGUACUCGAGUGGCCUUGGAUCAUCUGGAGUCUGUUCCUGAGAAACUGAAUCUUUUAGAAGAUUUCAGAAAUUUUGAAGAUUCUCACAAUCAAACAGAAAAUAUUGAAGAGAGAGACAGUAAAUAUAAGGAAAUUAUGGGCUCCUUACAGCAACAUCUGGAAGAUUCAAAGCGCAGACUUGAAGACUUCAGAGAUAAGAAAAACGUUGCUGACAUUUCAUCUAUACAGAAUGCAUCUUCCAGUUGGAGAGCCAACACCAGCUUUAUGUCCAGCUCCUUGCUUUCCAAUUCAGGAUCAUUUACCAAAAGUACUUUUCCUUUGGAUUCAAAUGCAACUAAAAAAGGUGCUAUCAGCGUGACCGUCAAUGGGAUGAAGCUACAAACAGAAAGAGAGAAAUACUAAAUCAACAUAGGAAUGUGCAAUUUCACUGUCAGAAUUUCAGAUCUGCAUCACUUUUUCUCGGUUCUCGCUGCAGCUGUAUUUACCAAAGCAAUGCGGAUUCCUUGGUUCAACAGAUGCCAACUAUUGAUAGAAAACAACAUCUCAAUUGAGGAUCUAAAGUCAGGCGAGUUAAAUCUGAACGUACCUAAUAUAGAGUAAAAUGCCAAAGAGUCUUGUGCCAUGAAGCACUGUCCCCUGUUGCUUUGCUUCAGUCCAUCUUCAUCCAGCCACCUAUGCCACUUGUGAAUGUCAUUAUAUAACUUAAUCUGUUUUAAGUUCAAAGAAGUGAUGAAAUUUUGGUUAUAGAUAAAAUAUAAACACUUUAAUAAGGAAAUGGUUGAUAGAAAUUGCUUUGUGUGUAAAUAACGUAUUUUAUAACAUAAUUUAGAGAUGUGUAUGCAUAAUAGCAUUUUGUAACGAACAUGCAUUAUGCAAUUAUUACAUUAUUGUGCUUAAUAAUAGGAAUGGUUUAUGUCUGAAACAAAGAUCUGAAUUUCCUCCACUUUGGGGAUUGCAUGUCAUACCUCUCUCUGUUUGGGAUUUCUCUGUUUGUUGAUCCAAACUCAGUGAAGAACACAGACUAAUCUGUUUCCCCAAAACUGCAGGAAAUUCAGUUAACUGCUUAUUAUGAACCACUUCUGUAAUUAAGCAUGAGAAUAAUUUUGUUUCUAAAAAGUAAAACAUUCCAAUAAUGUAAUGAAAUAUUUUAUUUCAUAGGUGAUAAAGGAGAAGUGAAGUCACAAUAUCUAAUUUUGUGCUAGAAAGUACAAUAACCUCCUAGAGACACUUGUAAUUUAAUAACCAAGUUGAGAAACUUUGGCAGAGGUUGGUUUAUAUGAGUACCUAGCCUUUCAAAAAAGCAAUUUCUAAUAGUCACUUCCUUUCCAAUAUUCUUUAUUAAGUUUAUUGAAAUGUCGCCCUCUCUGAAAAUGACAAUGUACAAUAAUUUAGCCAUAUAUUGUGGUCUCUAUUGAUGAAAUCAGAUAUUCAUUUUUGAUGUUUCUAAUAAACCUUCCCCUUGCCAUUUACCUAUCUUCA